CUCAAACCCAACGCCGAGCAGCAGUUUCUUUACGGCAAUCACGUAUUGAAGUCAGGUUUGGGUCGCAUAACGGAAGGGACGCCACAAUAUCAGGGCGUUAUUGUCUACUCGAUGAACGACUUGCCGCUGGGCUUCGGUGUUGCGGCCAAAUCGGCCCUCGACUGCCGUAUGGCUGAUCCCAUGACGAUCGUGAUGUUCCACCAAGCUGAUAUUGGCGAGUAUCUUAGAAAUGAAGACAAUCUCACAUAA